GAGAAGAUUUGGAUUACUCGCCGAGGGCCGUUUAACUUGGCAGCUCAACGUGCCGUGGAGUGGGCACCCCUGGUGCCCUGCUUUGGAUCGGGUGUGGUUGCAGCAUUGCUCUCCAAAUAUAUGCCGAAGCAGGUGAAAUCCCUUCGACUUCCCAUCAGCGUGCACGAGUUGACAGCUUUGCCGUUGUCGAUCCUGCUCGCUUUUCGCUUUCAGCUCUCCUAUGAACGUUGGUGGGCCUCUCGUCAACAUUUACAGGAAGUGGGCACCAAUGCAAUUGCCGUGGCCAUGUGUUCAGCGAACAAUCAGGAGGUGAUCUCAUUGGAUCGUAGUGGUGAGGCCAAGCCCGACGUUCCGUGGCUCAAGAAAUCGAAGAGAACGAGCGCCGAAUGCUCGGACUUCUUGACGCAGCGUGCUGCCUUGCUGAGCAAGCUUUGUCCAUUGGACGUCCUCCACAUCCUGCCAACAGUGUGGAAAAAUGGGAGCCGUUUGAUACACAUUUGCACCCGGAUGAUGCUAAGCAAAUCCGACAAUCUGGACAUCCUGUACAUUGCUGCUUUGAUGCCAUUUUCACCACCAUUCACAGGGGGGCAGAUGCUCAAUGUUUAUUCCGCCGAGCUGGCAAGUGGGAUGUAUCAGCUGGCGUCCAAUAUGUUUGCAGGCUACAAAUUUUGCGAAAUGAUACUAACUCAACCAAAUCCUGCUCCUUUUGCAGUUCACAUGCGCACUAUUUUGAUGGUCUUCUGCAUCAGCUUUCCCUUUACAAUUAUUGGACGUGUGAGCCCAUUGAGUUUGAUGCUGAUGCAGUCUGCGUUGAGCUUUAGCUUGCUGGGGAUUGAGUUCGUGAGCCGUCAGAUGGAGCACCCCUUUGGCAGUGACGAGUACCGCAGGUGGCAGGUGCCGCGACACCAAGCUUUAUUUGUAGGUGGUGUUCCGCCGGAGAUGGCUUCGCAGGAGAUAGAAGAGCACAUGGGAAAGUACGGCGAGGCGAGAGUUGUCAAGCGAUGCAGAGGCUAUGUCUAUGUGCGCUUAGAAGAUCCGGAGGUCAGGCUGUCGAUGGAACUGCAGAUGAACCUUGUGCAGCAAGUCAUGUCACUGGGUGGUGGCAGCGCUGGCUUUUACACCCCACGGUUUGAGGGGCGCGAGAUGAAGCUGCAAACCUUUUGCCUUGGACGUCACUGGGACACCCGAAGUCAUGAGUACUGUGAUGCUCGACUGGACCAUGACAACUUGCCCGUGUUGGCCUUGCCAUCAAACCUCUCGGAGCUGGCUCAGGGAAUAUUGUCGGACUUGGAUCAGAAGUGUGGUGAAGUAAUCUUUCCCAAGAUGGAGCCAGAUACCUGCAUAGUGAAUCAUUAUUCUGCAUCUGGUUCCCUCGGUCUCCAUCAAGACUCAGACGAAAGCGAGGCAAGCAUUUCAGCUGGUAUUCCGGUUCUGUCCAUGUCCUUUGGCUGCUCUGCCCGCUUCUUGUUCGGCGACGAUGGCAACUCUCUUCGCAGUACAAUGCUCCGCUCGGGUGAUGUUUUCAUUUUUGGGAACUCGGCCCGUUUGCUGCAGCAUGGCAUUGCCAAAGUCUUUCCCAGGACUGUGCCCAAGCGGCUCAAGGAGAUCCUCAAGGGACGGCUGAACCUGACUUUACGACAAACCGAAGUAGACUGA